GCGGGGCGCGCGGCAAAGACAGACUCGUGUGCGCGCGCUUCCCGCGACAGGACAGGUCUGGAAGUGCAACAAGGAGGAGGCAGGAAAACGCUGCUGGAGCGGGGAAUGAUGGCGGUGAGCAAGAAGAAGGGACAAGUUUGAUACUGAAAAACAGGGACAUUGUAGGUUAUCUUUCGGCGCCUAACACGAUGAAGCAAUUAGGUGAUGACUUCGCUGUGAGUGUUUAGUUGAGACAACUAUGCUCCAAAUAAGCUCCGACGGGCCAAUGGCGCUUGCGUGAAGUUGAGGGAUAAUAAUAGUUAACCAACAAAACGCAUCAGUCUCUUCAAACCGUCAUAUCUAAUAGGGCUGCAAUCACAAACAAAAGCCAAAAUGAUCAAAGCGGAAAGCAAAGGAGGCGAUAGGACCCUGAGGAGCGCAUCCCCUCACAGAAAUGCAUACAAGUCUGACUUCCACGCCAUUAAGUGCUCUUUUGAUGGGUCAAAAUCCGACGGCGACUCCUAUGCAAAUGGUUCCAGUGACACCCGGGAAGACUCCAGGGGUAGACCUUUUGGGACCAGAGUAAACAAGAUAAAGAACAUAUUCCUGCAGAUGGAUGGUCAGCAGCAGGAGUGCCAAGAGGGCAAAGUGACUUUAAAGCCUGAUUUGUCCCCAGUGUCCCCACCAAAGCUGCAAUUACCAGUCAAUACUCACAGAGUUAACCUCAGCAGUGCCACAAGCCCAGAAUCACACAAUUUAGAUAAAACACCCAAGGGGGAAGAUGUUGAGAUUGACAAAGUGGCUUUGGCAGAGAAGUUUUCCGUGACCAGAAAACUCUUUGAAAGGGGCAUCAAAGAGCAGCCUGCAGCUGAAAAACAGUCUCCAAACAGAGUAGUAAAUCGUUUGUCCCUCGGAAGUUCCUCUGAUGAGGGGAAAAGCUCAAGAAGAGUAUCAGGAUCCUCUGAGACCACUGUCAAAUCAGAGCAAACUCCUACAUCAACAUUUAAAUGUCAACUGGAUGAGAAGGCUGAUAGUGAGAAAAAGCAUGUGUCUAGAGUGUCACUGAAUUCAGGACCCAUGUUCAAAAAGUUGGAGAAUUGCAUGGCAGAAAAUGACUCAGAAGACAACAACACAGCUGUUGGAAUCGGAGGAAUUGUGUCCGCUAAACAACAAAGUACCACUGAACCCUUACUGCCUUCCUCCCCAACAAGUGACAACUUACACACAUCUACUUCUCCUGUUAAAGUUGCCACUAACUCUACCCCUGUGAUUGAUGCCACUAACAAAAAUACAUUCCAGACGGCGUGUGUUAUUAACAAACCAAUAAUGUUGGGGUCAAGUAUUAAACCAACAUUUCCAGUUACCAAUGCAGCAUACAAAUCUAAUUCUCCAACAACUGAUGCCAUUCACAAACCCCUCUCGCCAGAGCAAACAACCCCAGUUAGCCAUGGCUACAAAUACUCCUCGUCAUCCAGUGAUGGAUUUAGUAGGACAUCUGUUGGUGGGGAUGAAGGCAAGCCACAUAGUCCACCCCCAGGGGAUGUGAAGCAGCCUGUUCCAUCAGCUGCUGGGUUUCAGAACACCAACAGGGCUAAAUACCCAGAUCUAUCUGGGAGUAAUGAUAGCGUGGUACAUAGAUCUACCAGGGACAAACCAUCCAGCCAGACCUCCUCACUGGACUCCAGAGGGUUGGGCAUGGUACGAGCAGAACUAGUAGUAGUUCAGAAUGAGUCUUCAGAGAGUGAGGAGAAUGAUGAUGAGAACAUUGAAGAUAAUGUGUUUGAGGAACAGAGGGUGAAAAGCCACAAAGACAACCAACUAACAGACCUGAAAAGAACCUCUCCACCAGAAAAACACAACUACAACCCUGCUCAUCAUGUCUUAACAAGAGAUUCCUCAAAAGAGAUACAAAGGAUAGCGGAAAUUGUGGAUGAAGCUAGAGUCUUGGAGGACAACAAGCGAUUUGGGUUGAAACGGGUGAGACAGGAGGACAGUUUAGUUGUGAAUCAAGAUGGUAAUGGUAAUUGUGAGGAAGAUGAUGAGGUAGCAGAGGAGGAGAGUGAGUUGGAGGAGCAGGUGAGACAUAGAGCCUCACCAAUAGUGUACGGUAUUGAGAAUGCAGCAUUUGUGGAUGACAGAGAUGUAGACCAGGUCCUCAGGGAAGAGGAGGAGGAAGAUGAAGAGGAGGAAGAACAAAUGUAUAUGGAUUAUGAUGACUGUUACGAGACCACUGGUCUGUCGGAUGAGGAGGACCCUCCCCCAAAGAGGAAAAUCAAGUUUUCCACAGACUCCAUUCAGGUCUUUAGUACCUUCUCCAACGAGGAGUAUGAUCGGCGCAACGAUGAUGUGGAUCCAGUCGCAGCAUCUGCAGAGUAUGAGCUGGAGAAGAGAGUGGAGAAGAUGGAUGUGUUCCCUGUGGAGAUUGAGAAAGGAGACAAUGGACUUGGGAUCAGUAUUAUAGGAAUGGGAGUGGGAGCUGACCAGGGUCUUGAGAAGCUGGGCAUUUUUGUGAAAACCAUAACAGAGCGAGGAGCGGCUGAGAACGACGGACGCAUACAAGUGAAUGACCAGAUAGUGGAGGUGGAUGGUAUCAGUCUGGUGGGUGUCACCCAACUGUUUGCUGCAACAGUCCUGAAGAACACUAAAGGCACAGUGAGCUUCCUGAUUGGACGGGAGAAGCCAGGGACGCAAAGUGAGGUAGCCCGCCUCAUAAGCGAGACACUAGAGCAGGAGAAGAACCAACAACAAGAGCAACAACACCUGGAUGACCCGUAUGAGCACUCUACAGAGGAGGAGGAGCGCUAUGAGGAGGAGGACGGAGUGGAUGAGAGGAUUCUAUGCUCUAAUUUCUCUCCAGGGCAGAACGUAGAGCUGUUUCAGCUGCCUGAUUCAGAGGCUUUAUUUAUGCCGAGCAACAUGGACAGCUCUCAGAUGGUCUUCAAGCUCAAAGAGUUGCAGCUCAAGCACAGCAUUGCUGCAGCUGAAAUAAGUCAACUAAAGGAAAAGCUAAGGGCAUCUGAGGAGGACAGGUCAUUGUGGGAAGCCAGGGAGUCUGCACUGGAGCAAAAGAUUGAGGAUAGCAACGACAAAAUCCUGAAGUUGGAGAGUUACUGGCUGGAAGCCCAGGGUCUGUGUAAGACUGUGAAUGAACAAUUAGCUGAGUCUCAGGCCCAGCAUGAGACCCUGGAGAAGAAGUACAACAAGGCCAAAAAACUGCUCAAGGACUACCAGCAGAAAGAAAUAGACUUUGUGAAGAAAGAGGAGGAGCUGAAAAGAAUUCUAGAUGAAAAAGACAAGUGUUACAGGGAGCAGCUGGAGAGCUUGCAGAAGAGGAUAGCUGUCCUGGAGUCCAGAGGGGCCUUAGAUGUGGAGCGUCAGAGUGGUCUGGACUCAGCAGCAGAUAAGAGAUUAAUUGUCCAAGACCCAGUCACCAACACACAAUCUGUUGACUCGCUACUAGAACAAGGCUGGAGUGAACUGGUCCCUGAGACUGAGCGCUUGGACACCAGUGCACACAGAGCAAAAGGCCUGCUGGCUCAGAAGGCCAAACGUCAGCCUCCAUCCCGGAACAAACUGAAAGAGAGCCUCGCUGUGGCUUCAAGUCACUCUCAGGAAACUGAAGAAGAGGAGGAGCAGGAAUCUCCCAGGAGGAGGAGGUCGAUCCAAGAGAGCCUGUCCCUCCCAGUGCCUGUCUGCUAUCUUGGGAAUGGACAGAAAGAUGAUCCAGGAGAGACUAAAGAUGGAUCCAGGAGUAAGGCAGAGCUCUCCAGCAGCCUGUCUUUGUCACUGUCACAGGGAGACAGUGUUGAAAGCAGCGGAAGUCCUUCUAUUUCCCCUCCAAAAGACACCUCGUUCCAUAAUUCCCCCUCUGGAUUCAAGCACAAUGUCAAGAAGAGGGAAUCAAAAGGAAAGAGCAAAGAGGAACUAAAUGAGGGCUCAUCAGCAGGAAAACCUAAAAGACGAUUUCCAGACUUUGGAGGCCUCCGGAAGUCAGGUGGCAAAGGAAAAAAACACGACAAGGAGGCGAUGAGAUCAUCUUUGGACAGCAGGGGAUCAGCAGAGUUACUGGAGGAGUCUGGAGGGAACCUGUCUCCUGCAGAUUCAAUGACUUCCAUCCCCACCUGUAUGCCUUUCUCCUGGUUUGGGGACAAAGACAGGGACAAAGACAGAGAGCCCUCCUCUUCCAGCAGCAGCCUACCAUAUGCUGCAACUGAGACCAGCAGUGAGCAAAGCCAGGACCGCAAGAAUAAGACAAAUCUCUCCUGGUCCUCUUUAUUCAGUCGCUCAUUAGAUUUGAGUUUUUCAGUCAUAGAUGAUUCUAGCCCUGCCAGUCCCAGUUCAGACUUCUCUGGGUUAGUUGCUGAACCCAAUCUGUCUGGGCGCUCACGCACUUUAAUCUUCUCUUCCAGCGAGACUUUGGAUGAUGAACCAGCUACAGGAAAAGAGUAUCAUUGGCAGAACCGGCCAGUCUCUGAAUGGACCAAUCAACAAGUCUGUCACUGGUUGAUGGGCAUGAACAUGGACCAAUACACGCCUGAAUUCACAGCUAAGGGAGUGGAUGGCCAGCAGCUCUUAUUCUUGGACAGUGACAAGUUGAAGGCACUUGGUGUGUCAAGUCAGAGUGACCGUUCAACAAUCAAGAAAAAGCUUAAGGAAAUGCGUAAGGCCCAGGAGAAGCUGGAGAAACAGAGAGAGAAAAGAGAGAAGGAGGUCCGACGCAGCGAGAGACUUCCAGUCAGUACCGACUCUGUCUGCUGAGGUAGCAGCUCUAUUCUCUGAUUUCAUGCAGCUCAUAAAGUUCAUCACUGGCCAAACCCUGAGCAACCCUUUUUUAUUAUUUUUAUACUUUUGGUGCCAUGACAUUCAUGUCACAUAGUUUUACCAACAACCACCAAACAUGGCUGCCAGGAUCGUAACCUGUACCAACUGAGGUGCCAGUUGUGAUUUAUGUUUAUACUGAUUAUUUUCUCAUCACAGUUCUAACAAACUUCAGCUCAAGUAAUUUUAACGGAAAGAUGGGGAAUUCUUUUUAGGUAUGUGACCAAAAACCAAUAAUGUUUUUACCACUAAAAUUUAGAAGCUAUAAUUACAUUAAAGUCUGUUUUCAGAUUUGAUGUAGUUGUUGCAGAUCAUGCACACAUUUACCUAUGGACGUUAAAUGUAUUCUGCUUUUUCAGCAUUUUAUAUUUUUGCUAACUGGCCUGUUUCUAUGUACAACUCUUCUGUGUGAACGAUUUUGUACAGUUCAGAUAAAAGCACUAUUUGUCUUUUAAGCUUCAAGGGGUGACAAGGUUUAGAUGUAUAAAUAUGUUUUAUACAUGUGCUUAUUAACUGCAUAUCUUUUUUUUUUUACUUAAAUACCAUUGUUCAUUUUAUACUGUCUAAAUUUUUCUACUAAGUAGAAUAGCUAGAUUGUUAUUUUUGCUGAAUGAAAAGCAACAAACAAAUCAAGUGGGGACGAGGGGAAUGCUGCUUCUGCUGUCUCUGACUCUGUCGCUGAGAUUGUCCCAUGAUGCUCCAUGUAAAUACACACAGCACGCAGGUCUGCUACACGUACGCCUCACUGCUCCAUUAGACGGUCAGAUGGAUCUAUGACAAGGACUUGUGUGAGUCGGGAGCACAGCGUGGUGUGUAGCUGUGAAGCUGAACAAUGAGUUGUUCACAGCCAAACCAAGUGCUUCCUUUCUCCUUCUCACGCACGACUCCAUGUUCUGUAUACAAUACGACAUGUUGGACUGCAAAAAAAAUCAUGUUUUCUGAAUCGGAGUAACAUUUCUUUGUACAUAACAGCAUCAAUAAACUAAUUCUCACCUUA